UAAGUCCCGAGUGCACCCGCGCACCCUCCCUUCUUGUUCCCUCAGCCGCCACAAGAGGCAUUCAGCACCGGUCAGCUUCCGGAUUCCUCGGACAGCUGAAAUACCCAACGCCAUGUCUCCCUUAGGGGGCAUCUGGGGCCCCGUAGCUAUGCGGGCUCUACACAAGCACCUGGUGGCCAACACUAGAGUGACCAUCAAGAUGCUGCGCUCCAAGCUCUCGGCCGCCACUCGCACGGCAAAUGCCCAGGCCCAACCCAUCGCCGUCCGUACCACCGGCCAUGCUCGCCAACCCAUCCAUCCCGCCGCCUGGCUGCGCCAGCAGAAGCGUGCCGGCGGCGUGCGAUACUACUCGACCUCCAACCUCAACUCCACCAUCCGCCGCUUCCUCAGCACCAGCGGCCACUAUGCCUCGAGCGCCGCCACCCAGACCGGCUUCCGCUUCGACCGCUCCAAGCUUCCCAUUUCCCGCAUCUCCCGCGCCGUCAGCCAACUCACGAGCCGCGCCCCGUUCGCCUCGACCCUCCGCCCGAACCUCACCGGCGGCACGCUGGGCCGCACGGCAGGCGGCUACGGCCUCUCCGGCGUCGGCCGCGUCGGCGGCGCCCGCUACUUCUCGCACGCCCCGGCCGCGCCGGCGCAGGUGGUGCAGAACGUCAGCCAGGCCAUGCGCGCCUUCUGGCUCUCGGGCCAGCGGGCGCACUUCGCGGGGCUGGGCCCCAACGGCGAGAAGCGGUACCGGGCCGUGAGCGCCGCGCAGGAGGAGGCGCGCACCCGCAUGGAGGGCGCCAUGGCGGCGUGGCGGGGCCAGCGCGCGCCGGGCGCGUACGUCGAUUUCAAGAUCAGCCCGACCGUUACGGCACUCAGCCCGCUGGGUGUCGCGGCCAUGAUGGGCUUUGAGGGUGCGGUCGAGGAGAAGUUUGGUGCGGCGACGCUGAAUGCCGAGGGGUUCCUUGACGUGCUCUCGGUGGACUUUGCGCGCGCGUUGAAGGACCUGGCGGCGACUAUGACGGAUCUGAAGAACUUGGCUGGGCUGGGCGAUCUGCCUGUCUUGCUGGAGAAGGACAAUGUCUUGCGGGUACGGUUCCCCGGGAUGGACGCCGAGACGGUCGAGCGGCUGUGCGAUGAUGUGGGCGUUAAGCGUGGCGUUGUCGGGCAGGAUGCAGGCUUCAACACCAGCCCUGCUGUCGAGGUCGCGCUGCGCUUCCCGUUUGCGCCGGACGUGAGCUGCGAGGAGACGAUGACCUCGCCAGGCGGCUCACUGAGAUCACGCGGCUCCGAGUCGUCGUCAUCCGACGUCGAAGAGGCGUUCAUCGUGGACGAGUUCGAGGAGAAUCCCUGGAAGCUCUCCGGAUCGGAGCUGGAAGAGGGCUAUGAGAGUAUGUCGCCGCCUGUUCUGAGCAGCUCAGGAGAGCACUGCUCCGAGGACUUCGAGGGGUUGGAAGGCAUAUACCGGUUUCUGGAGGAAUGUGAUCGUGCCAGGGGUCGCUUCUAGGGAUCUUCCUCGGCUAUCAGCUUACUGAGCACAGGACGGCGUUGUUGUAGUUCGGGAUGGAUCUUUCGAGAUAGGUUUUGGUAUGUCUCGGAGGAUCUCACACCUUUCUCUCCUAUGUUGUUUGGUGUUUGGUAUAUACCUUAUGUUAGGAGGGCAUUCAGCGAAUAUGUGAUGAAGCAACACCGGGCUAUCAGUGCCCGACUAGCCCCUGGCGGCCAGAUUACGAGAACCAAAUACGAUGAUUUUAGUCACUUUCAAGGUUUAUCUGUGGUUGUAGUGAUGUAGUGAUGUCUAUUCAACUGGUCAGGUAA